AUGACCGAGCCAGAAGAUCUUGAAGAAGAUCUUUUCGCUGACCUGUAUGAUGCCGAUGAGCAAGCCAACCAAGCUACCGCAACAGGAAACACUGCACAGCCGCCUGAACCAGCGUCGUUUCCUCCCCAACCAGACGAGUUCAAUGAGGGCUAUGGUGCCGAUACCAAAAGUUUCGCGGUAAAUGACACAACUCACAACCAGUACCCGCAAGAAUUUCAGGCAGGUAGCAUAGGAUACGACAACGGUGUUCAGCAUGCGGAUAUAACAGGCUCUGCAGAUGCCGAACCUCAGGGAACAGGCAUUAAAGAAGAUGGGCGGCUGGUAAACACUGGUGUGGGUUUCAUCUCUGCGAUUUUGAAGAAUGCUUUGCAAAGUGCAUCGCAAGGGACAAUUGCCGAGGACUUUUCUUCCAUCUGUGAGCCGCGGCGGGUUAGAAGGGGACACCCGGAGAUCUGCGGACGUGCUACAAUAGUGGUCAAAAUUGACCCAGCAUACUGUCAAAGUGCAGUCGAUGAGAACUGA